GCUCUUCGUCUCUCUCGCUCUAGGUUUCUCUCUCUAGUUCCUUUUUAGAAUUUUCUUACGUUUUUUCUCUGUUCGUUUCAGCCUCGAUCUUCGUUUCGAAGAUCGAAAAUUUUGUUUUUUUUUUAAUUUUGGGGUUUUUGAUCGGUCGGUGAGAAACCGGAAGCCAUGUUUUUGUUCGAUUGGUUCUAUGGAAUCCUCGCUUCAUUAGGGUUAUGGCAGAAAGAGGCGAAGAUACUCUUUCUAGGGCUUGAUAAUGCUGGAAAAACCACGUUGCUUCAUAUGCUGAAAGAUGAGAGACUCGUUCAGCAUCAGCCGACUCAGCAUCCCACGUCUGAGGAACUCAGUAUUGGAAAGAUCAAGUUCAAGGCCUUUGAUUUGGGAGGUCAUCAGAUUGCCCGAAGGGUUUGGAAAGAUUACUAUGCAAAGGUUGAUGCUGUUGUCUACCUCGUGGAUGCUUACGACAAGGAGAGAUUUGCGGAAUCAAAACGUGAGUUAGAUGCUCUUCUCUCGGAUGAAGCCCUUGCGAACGUCCCCUUUUUGAUUCUUGGAAACAAGAUAGAUAUCCCUUACGCGGCUUCGGAAGAUGAGCUGAGGUACCACUUGGGUCUCACCAACUUCACCACGGGUAAGGGCAAGGUCAAUCUCGGGGACUCAGGGGUUCGUCCCCUCGAGGUCUUCAUGUGCAGCAUCGUCCGCAAAAUGGGCUAUGGCGAAGGCUUCAAAUGGCUGUCUCAGUACAUCAAGUAGAGACUAUUGAGAUUAUCAUUGUCUUACUACUAUACCAAACCCUAGAAGAUAUCAAAAGAUUUUUAUCAAUGGCAUUUCAUUUUUCUUACAAGACAUGAACUCACAUCAUCUAGUGUUGUAUAAGUUGUUGGCUUGCAAUUCCCAACUUGUUCUUGUUUUGGUCCACAUCCUACCAUCUGCUUCUGGUUAAACUAUUUCAAAGUAGGCCACCUACCUCCUCCUC